UCGGUUUGCGCCUUUGGUUUGCGCGUAUCACAUUUACUCCAGUAAACACCAUGGCCAGCAGCAGUAAGCGUCUCAGUUUCAUGCAUUGAUUUAUGCAUAACGAGAUAAAGGAUCUCAUCUUCUACAAUCCCUGAUUCAACCUGGCUGUAUGGCGUCGCUAAGAUGAAAGCACAUUGAUGAAGGAACGACGUCUGUGAUUUAUAACAUCCAAAUAACCGGUGUCGCAUCAUUGACGUUGGCAGUUACCGUCCGUCAAAAUCCGUACCAUAAUAAUGAACGGACCAACGCAGGUACUCUGUGUGUGUACGGUCGUAGUUAGUUUGUGGCUCGUGCCUCUAACAGUUGGGCGUACCACUGAGGAUCCAACAAGUCUACUCAAUGUGUGUCUUAGAGGACUUAAUCACAAAGAGAAACCAGGACCACAGGACAAAUUAUUUGAUCAGUGCUUGCCAUGGCAGAACCAUUCGUGCUGUACACACGAAACGACUAAAGAGCUUCAUCAGGGCAACAUGUACAAUUUCAAUUGGAACCACUGCAAUCAACCAAUGGGAGAUGCAUGCAGGCGCCACUUUGUACAGGACCUGUGUUUUUACGAGUGCUCUCCCAACAUUGGACCAUGGCUAGUUGGGGUAGAUAUGAAAAUCCGUAAAGAGAAACCGCUUGAUAUGCCACUAUGCCAGAGUGAGUGUGACCACUGGUGGGAUGACUGCAAGAGUGAGCUCACCUGCUUAGACAACUGGGGCAAAGGUUUUAACUGGACAGGAGCAACGAACACUUGCCCGAUGGGGAAGCCAUGUUUCUCAUUUGCACACAUGUUUCGCGAUGCACAAACGUUCUGCGAGAAUGUGUGGGAUCAUUCGUGGAAGGUUGUCGAUGAUUCAAAACCCUGCAUGAAGUUACUUUUUGCUCCAUCUGAAGGUAAUCCCAACAAUGAUGUGGCCCAAUGGAAGGUGAACCAAAUGAUUGCUAAUGUAGCUCCUGCAGCACCAUCUAGUGUCAGGAUAGCACAAUUUCUGGUAUUCUGCACAUUGUCAUUUUUACUCUGAUAAUUAAUGAAUUUUAAUAGGGCAUAUGUUUAUUGUAAUACAAUAUCUAUCAGGGUGGAGAAACAUGAAUCUUUAUUAUGCUGGCA